AGUAGCAAAAGCAGCACUGAAAGGGAAAGCACUUUUGAAGACACCUGCAGCAUUUAAUUGUCUUUCACAUCUACUUCAUCUAAUUGUCAUCUUACUUCACAUCUUGUGGUUUCGGAGUUCUUCUUUUGUGAUUUCUAAUUUUACUUCACCAUAUUGGGUUGGUAGGGUUGUUGGUUGGGUGUUUUACAAGUUUUGCAGUGAUUAUUCAUUGAAUAGUCAUUUGGGUUCCUUCUUAGUUUGUUCCAAAGGUUAGUUGAUCUUUCUGCUCCGAUCUCUAGAGUCUUUGGUUUUUCCUUCUUCCCUGUCUAGCUCUUUUCAAACUAGAUUCUCUUUCCUCUCAACAUCUUUCCUCCUAGUUUUUGUUUAUUAUUUUGUUUGAUCUGUUUUGAUCUCCUUCAUGCCUCCCCUUACCUCUUCAGAUUUUAGAUAUUUUACCAUACUUCACUUGAUCUUGAUCAUCUCUCAAUGGGUGUCUCUGAAAUUAGUUGGUAGCCUAAUUUUUAGGAGUACAAAAUUCUUUAAGUAUAAAUAUGUAGUCAAAGGAAAUCAAGAUACAAGGGGAAAUCAUCUGCUUGUGGCUACUUCCUCAAAAAAAAUUUACCAAAUCUAGAAAAAUAUCUACCGAUAUUGUUAACAAUCUAGUAUUAAUAUGAAAAACAAUCUAAAUCUUGAAAGUGCUAUAAAACCGGUUGUUUACUUAGACAAACAUAUGGUUCGGGAGGAAGAAAAAGAAGACUUUGCUUUAUGUAUGAUGGGAAGAAUAUGCUGUCAUGUAACUAUAUCCACUAGCAGAGUUAGGAAUUUGGUACGAGAUCUGUGGCCAAUAUUUAAAGAAGUUAAAAUCAAGAAAUUUGGAGCAAGGCUUGAUGUCCAUUUAUACAGAUAUGGAUUUGAGAUUGAUAUUAUGAGAAUUAAGGAUGAUGGUCCAUGGUGUUUAGAUGGCUACUUGGUGGUCCUUAUUGAAAUAUCAAAUCAGGGUUUCUCGUUCGGUGCUGCUAUAAAUAUGGAUUACGAGCAAUUCAUAGUCUUUUUAUGUAGAAUUCCUAAUCAAUUUCUUACUCUUGCUGCUUAUAGAGCCAUGGCAGCAGCUAUUGGUGAAUUGUGUGGUUUUUCUAACCAAUGGAUCUCUCUCCAGAUCAUAAAACAGUAAAUAUGUUGAUCAAGAUUAAUGUCACGGGUGCUCGUCCUAGAAGGGUGCUUGUGAGAGCUUAAGAGGAUGAAGCAUGGAUCUAUGUUAACUAUAAUGUUACGCCAUGGAGGAUUUCUGGGUUAUGCAUGGUCUUGAAUCAUCGGGUGGAACCUUGUGUAGAAGGAGAUGUGAUGAUAAUCGAAGAACCAGUCAAUGUUGAAGGGACUGAUAUUUCUUUUGAAGACGAGCCUCCUCUAACAGGUCACAGUGGUCAUGAAGAUAUGAGUAAUUAUGGUGUUACCAAAGCACAAAUCAAUGCUUUAGCUUUAGAAGCUGCUCGUGACUCCAUUGAAGAUUUUAAUCCUAAAGUGGGAGGGUUAGGGGAAUGCUCUAGGGAGUGUAAUCCUAAUCUCACAGUUUCGGUGGUGAGAAAGAAUAAUGAGUUAGAUCUGGUAGCAGCUCAAAUUGUUUGAUGCUGAAAGAACUAGUGAGAAUAAGAGAAUGGUGGAGGCAAGGAACCGUAUUAAAGGCAAGUCAAAAGAAGAUUUGGGAAACUCGAAAGAUAAGGAAAAGUUAAUUGAGGAAGCUGCUCCAAUAGUGAUAUCUUAUGAUGACAAAUUAGUUUUAAAAGAUAACCUUCCUGUGGUGGAUAUUGAUGAAGCGGUUAGAAGAAUGAAUGAGGCAACUGAACAUCAAAUCAAGGCGGGCACUCUGCUUGAAUUCACAAUCAAUCUUAAGGAACCAGAAAGAAAAAGAGGAGGUACAAGAGAAAAGUUCCCAUUGCAGAGUAAGCGAAUGUGAAAAAGUCUUAAGGGUCUCAAAGUGCUGGUGUAUUUACACUUGGAUGGAGUUGUAGCUAGAGAUGGUGAGAUGUUAAUGGAGACUGGUAACCUCAGUUCUUUUCCUAUUACGAAUUCUGAAAAUAGAUCUUCUAAUAUGUCUUCUGCUCUUCUUAACUAUUUAUUCCCAGCUCCCUUUGUGAAAUCUCAUGGAGUGGACAAUAUCAUUCUUGUUAAUCCUCAGAUGAUUAGAAAUUCGAUUUUGUCCUAUGAUGACCCGUUUGAAAUGUUCAAUGGUUACAUCAUUGACAUUCCAGCAAGCACUCUUUCAGCUGUUCCUGUUAACCUAAGGACUGAAAUGGUGAAAUCUUCUCCAAGCAACAGUCAGGUGUUUUUGGAACAAUAAGCUUUUUUGGCGAAAUUGGCUCAAAAUGUGGCAUUUGAACCUCC